CUGAUUCUUGGUCAGCUCCGGUAUCACGUUAAUAUUUGACCCUUCAAAAUUCUGAAACUUGGAGAUAUUGGAUGCAUACAUUUUAUAUUUGAAGUUUAUGGAUGACCUUACUGAACAGCCUCUUCCACCUGGGGUUCUUUCUACGUCAUAUUCUUCACCACUUGUGCCAACUUUGAAUCCUGCUGGACAUUUGCCCCAGUCCUUUCAGAGAACUGCUAAUUUUCAUUACCAUGCUGGCAAUGGCGAUGGAAAUCUUUUCCCUGUGGUUGCUUCUGUUCAACCUUGCUCUGAAUCUUUUCAGACCUCUGAACAUGAGUCUUCUGAGGCUAUACUCAAUACUUUACAGCCACAAAGUGCUAAUGAUCUUGAGAGUGCUGCUCAGAAUGCUGUUUUGCAUGAACAGGAAAUUUCUGCACAAAAAGUAAUUCAAAGUCAAAGAGAAGCAAGGGAUGCAAGUGGACCUAAGGAUAAUUCGGAUAUUUUCUCUGGUCGUCAUGACCCAAAUGCUUUAAAGGAGCAUUUACUCCAAAUGACGGCAGACCAUCGUGUACAAAUGUCCUUAAAGCGUGGAAAGUCAACACAACCUGAGCAAGGUAAUGUGGAAAUUGGAAAUGGAUAUGGAGUGCCAGGUGGAGGUGCUUAUUACAGUGCCUCAAAUACAGAUGUCUCGAUCUCCAAGACUAAUGGGGGUUCUGAACAUAAUUCUGUUGGUAAAGAUUUGCCUGAAUACCUCAAGCAGAAGUUGAAGGCUCGAGGUAUUCUGAAAGAUGAUUCAAAAAUAGAGAACCAUGGUAUAUCGAUCAAUAGCUCAAAGGCACAAUUAUUAAAGACAUCAGAUGCCACUUUGCCUGUGGGAUGGAUCGAAUCCAGGGACCCUACAAGUGGUGCUUUAUAUUAUUAUAAUGGAAGUACUGGGAAAAGCCAGUGGGAAAGACCUAUUGAGGCUCCUGCACAAGUUUCUGGGGUGUGUUUGGGACUUCCUGAAUAUUGGCAGGAGGUUCUUGAUGAAUCAUCUGGUCAAAAAUAUUACUAUAACUCACAGACUAAUGCAUCACAAUGGGAACAUCCUUCUAAACCACAGCAGGUUGCCAUUCAGCAUCAUGAUAGAGCAGUCACCAACAAUGCAACUAAUGUAACUCAGGUUGACCAAGCUUCCACAUUCCUGAGAUGCAUUGAAUGUGGUGGAUGGGGUGUGGGCCUUGUACAGUCAUGGGGUUACUGCAAACAUUGCACUCGAGUUCUCAAGCUUCCUCAAAGCCAGUAUGUGUCAGCAAAUGUGGAGAGACAACAACAAACUUCUGGGGAUGCAGGUGUCACAGAAGACACUGACAAAAAGUUUCAGAGGCAGAGGUCUAGUUUCAAACCACCAAUGAGUAAAAGCAACAAAAAAGACAAACGGAAACGCACAAAUGAUGAGGAUGAUGAAUUGGAUCCCAUGGAUCCAAGCUCUUAUUCGGAUGCUCCUAGGGGUGGUUGGGUUGUAGGUCUCAAAGGAGUGCAACCACGGGCAGCAGAUACCACUGCAACGGGUCCUCUCUUUCAGCAGCGCCCUUAUCCGUCUCCUGGAGCAGUCUUGCGUAAAAAUGCUGAAAUUGCUUCUCAAAGGAAAAAUACUAAAUCGAAUCUUACCCCUAUAUCCAAGAGAGGUGAUGGUAGUGAUGGACUGGGUGACGCUGAUUGAAGAAUUUAAGCCAUUGUGUUAUAUUUAACUUUAAAGGAGGAUUCACAGAAAGGGAACUUCUCCCAGUUGAAGUUGAUGCACCACAAGGCACUAGACAUUGUCACAUUCUAAUCGUAGAUGCUGCAAAAUCGGGGACAUCUGAAUAUUCAUCUCGAAGUUCCUGACAUACUGCUGAAAGAGUUUCAUCCAAAAAUGCAAUAGGCGUGUAGAACAUAAAAUUUGCAGUUGAAAUGCUAGCGUCUAAACUCCUCCUCCUUCAUCUUCUUCAGAAAAGACUUCCAAACUUCAUAAACAGGGACUGCUGUAGGAGCCUACGCCAGCCUCUGUAUAGAAAGAUAUUUAUUGUAAUCCUAUAUAUGUUUGGCAUACGGUUUUUGUAACCAGAGAAUUGAGUAGUUUUUUUUCUUUUUAUUUUUUGAGAAAGAGAUGUCAUGAAAAGGAAAAAA